AUGAAGACUCCCCGUGCUCCUUCUGUCGCUGGAUCGUCCCGCUUUGAGACUCCUGUGCGACACAACUUCCUUCGUGUGGGCACACCCACGCAACAGGCCCGCGCCACCUCUGUGGUGCCUGUGAUCGCUGCACCGGUCCACAGCCCCUUCCGUCGCCACGCGAAGGCCUCACUGCCGAUGUGUUUACACUGCUCUAAGCGCGUAUAUACCUCUCGUCUGGGCUUGAAUUGUACUCGCCCUAAUGUUAUGACACGCUGCUCUUAUUGCUCGGAGGGCCAUGCUCAUUGUCUGUCAGUCCCCAAAUUCGCCAUUCGUCGCCUGAACCGCCUACUCGAGGCCCACGCGAAGUUUACGGCCGCUCACGACCUCGUCGACGAAGAGGGCCAGUGCAACAUGAAGCUCGUUGACGCCGGCUCUGUGGUUGAGGAGGAGGCGGAGGUGGAGAGUGGUGGGGAUGGGGACGAUGGCGCAGGUGAGGGUGGCGCCGCCGCCUAA